AUGCCGCAGCAGCUACUACCCCAGGCAUACCUUACAAACUUUCACAACAGAAUAAGGAGUGAUGAUGUGGCAUUCUUUAUUACGGCACAGCCAUCUAGAGGGCAUAAACGAGCCAAAGUUGUGAAUUAUGCAGAAUUCGAGACAGACCUCUUAGAAGAAUUCGCCGAGGAAGACGGAAAAGAGAAUAACGAUCAAGAGGAAGAAAAUGGUAAGCCAACACCAUCAGCUGAAGAGUUAGCUAACGAAAAUGCGCUUCCAGAUCUGGAACACCAGGAUGACCCAACUAACAUUCUAAAAUACCCGAGAAUAAGAGAGACUUUUUUGCAAAGCAGAAUAGCGUCUCCUUACAGAUUGGACUUGAAAACUCAGCCUGGAAAUCAAUCAGCUGCCAUCAUGAUACCAAUUCGUCUAAAUCUUGAACAUAAUGGCCAUAAAAUUAUUGACUUUUUUACCUGGAACUUAAAUGACCGUACGAUUACGCCAGAUCAGUUCGCUACAAUUUACUGCCAAGAUUUGGAUUUUCCAGUAACCUCUGCAGUUCACAGCCAGAUCGUAUCUGCUAUCAAUGAGCAGCUUCAGGAGUACGCUACCUUGGCAUCCAUGGUGGUGCCCGAUCUCCAUGUAAUUGUCAAUUUAACUUGUAACUUGGAUUCCAAGCUGUACGAGGAUAAUUUUGAAUGGGAUUUAAAUGAUAGCACUCUCACUCCCGAGCAAUUUGCCUCAAUUGUGGUUCAGGACUUGGGAUUGAUGAGGGAAUUCACUCCAGCUAUCGCUCAUGCUCUCCACGAAUCUUUACUCAGAAUAAAGAAAGACUGGAUUGAGGGUCACUUGAGUCCAGAUCAGGUUAUGAAUGGGGCGGCAUUCGGAUAUAUAUCUGGUGUGAGACUAGAUAUCGAUUCUCUAGGUGCAGAAUGGUGUCCUAAAGUAGAGGUUCUGUCGCAGUGGGAGAUUGAAAAACGUGAAAUUGAAAAAGAGAGAAAUAUGAGAAGAUUAAAGAGAGAAAGCGCCAAGGUAGAGGAUAGAAUUUCUAGAAGGCGCGGUAAGAGACGGAUGGAUGACUUAGAAACAACGAUGAGAAUAUGA